ACUUUUCCCUUUAUUGUCGUUAAUCGAGACAACUUUCUUUAUUCCUUUUUUUGUGAUUUUCAGAUCAAAAAAAGAAGUAUGCUAUGCUUGAUUUAUUAUUAGCCGCUGAGUAUAAUGGCCUUAUAGACUACAAUGGCAUAAAAGAAGAAGUCGAUACAUUUACUUUCGAAGCCCAUGACACAACUGGUAUGGCUAUGGCAUUUGCAUUAAUGCUACUAGCUGAAAAUCAUGAAGCGCAAAAUAAAGCUAGAGUCGAAAUAAUUGAAGUACUUGAUAGACAUAAUGGAGAAAUGGAAUUGACAAAUCUUCAAGAAAUGAAUUAUUUGGAUAGAUGUAUAAAAGAGGCCCUUAGACUUUUUCCUCCUGUCGCAACGGUAAUGCGAUAUACUGCAGAAGAAGUACAACUAAAAAAUGCACUAGUUCCUGCUGAUUCACAUAUCAUGAUACACCUGUAUGAUACGCAUAGGGAUCCUAACUUUUGGGCAGAACCUGAAAAGUUUGAUCCUGAUAGAUUUCUUCCUGAAAGGAGUAUUAAUCGGCAUCCUUUCGCAUAUUUGCCUUUUAGUGCAGGACCUCGUAAUUGUAUUGGACAAAAAUUUGCAAUGAUAGAGCUGAAGUCAUUAAUUAGUUUGAUUCUAUAUGAUUUUUAUCUUGAGCCCAUCGAUCGUCUAGACGAUAUGAAAUUAAUUGCAGACAUCAUUUUACGCCCACUGAAUCCAAUACGCAUUAAAUUAAUAAGAAUAAAAAAGUGAAGAAAUUUUGUUUUAUCAAAAUAUUUCGAGAAAAAUUUAUUAUCUGAAAACUUUAGUAUUAUAAAAUCAAAAUUGCGAUUUACUAAUAUGAAGUAUCUUCUGCUUUUAAAAAUAAAAUAUGUUAUAUACAGUAUGCCCUAAACACUCUGCGUUUAUCCCUGGAUAUGGAUAUCCUAUGAAUGAUACAAGAAGAGGAGAGUUUACGAUAUUAUGUAUAAUUUAAAAAAUAUAUAAUAAAAUUUGUUUCAUU